UUUUUGGUUAGAGCCCAAAUACAAUACAAUACUACAAAAGAAAGAGAGACAAAACACGAAGCGCCAACGCCAACGCCAACGAAGAAGAAAGAAAGCAAAAAAAAAUCCCCAAACCCUCUUCGCGCCCUAACCUGCUAUCUAUUCCUAUACACAACACUCACACACACACACUCUCUCUCUCUCUCUACACUCUAUACAUCAUUGCAUUUCUGAGUGAGAGAGAGAGAGUGAUCGUUCCGGAAUCACUCAAUUAUGAGUCAGCCUCCUCCGCCAAUCGCUCCGGCGCCGCCGCCGUCUACCGUCGGAGGAGGCGGAGUCCAGGUUCGAUGUGCCGGUUGCAAACUGAUCUUGACGGUGGCGCCUGGCGUGACGGAAUUCGUGUGUCCGACUUGUCAAUUGCCCCAGAUGCUUCCUCCGGAGCUCAUGAAAGUCCAAUUCAAGACCGCCGCCGCCGCCGCCACGACGACUACGCCGCCUCCACCGCAGCUGCCUUCUCCUCCUCCUGCGGUUCCUCCCUCUUACUCUCCGUCUCUGCCUCCGCCUCUGAUUCUCCCCGCGCCUCCUUCGUCGCAGCCGCAGCAACACGUGCCGGCGCACGGCAUCGAUCCGACGAAGAUCCAGGUGCCGUGCGCUCACUGCAAGGCCAUUCUCAAUGUCCCUCAUGGCUUGGCCAGGUUCACUUGCCCUCAGUGCAACGUUGACCUCGCUGUCGAUUUGUCCAAGCUCAAGCAGUUCUAUCAACCUCGCCAGACUCCGCCUCCGCCUCCGCCUCCCGAGGAAAUCAACGAGGUAGCCAUUGAAGUAGAGCGAGAAGAAGAUGAAGGUGGCUUGGUGGGAGAGACGUUCACAGACUAUCGCCCUCCGAAACUAUCUAUUGGCCCUCCCCAUCCAGAUCCUAUUGUGGAGACAUCAUCCUUAUCUGCAGUUCAGCCACCUGAGCCGACUUAUGAUCUGACAAUCAGAGAUGACUUGGAAAGCUCCAAAGCUUUGUCAUGUUUGCAAAUUGAGACAUUGGUCUAUGCUUGUCAGAGACACCUCCAGCACCUUCCCACUGGUACUAGGGCGGGAUUCUUUGUCGGAGAUGGAGCUGGUGUGGGUAAAGGCCGAACAAUUGCAGGUUUAAUAUGGGAAAACUGGCACCAUGGGAGGAGGAAAUCAUUGUGGAUUUCUGUUGGUUCAGACUUGAAGUUUGAUGCUAGAAGAGACUUGGAUGAUGUGGGAGCAAAUUGUAUUGAAGUGCAUGCUUUGAACAAGCUGCCUUAUUCUAAGCUUGAUUCAAAGUCCGUUGGGGUCAAGGAGGGAGUUGUAUUUUUGACAUACAGCAGCCUCAUAGCAUCUUCUGAGAAAGGUCGGUCUCGUCUGCAGCAGCUUGCGCAGUGGUGUGCAUCAGGAUUUGAUGGUCUUGUCAUAUUUGAUGAGUGCCACAAAGCCAAAAAUUUGGUACCGGAAGCUGGAAGUCAGCCAACACGUACGGGUGAAGCAGUUCUUGAUCUGCAGGCUCGACUUCCUGAAGCUCGUGUUGUUUAUUGCUCAGCAACUGGUGCAUCUGAACCACGCAAUAUGGGUUAUAUGGUCCGCCUUGGUCUUUGGGGAGCUGGAACAAGUUUCAUAGAUUUCCGUGAUUUUCUGAAUGCUCUUGAAAAGGGUGGUGUUGGAGCAUUGGAACUUGUUGCCAUGGACAUGAAAGCAAGGGGGAUGUAUGUAUGUCGUACACUUAGCUACAAAGGAGCAGAGUUUGAAGUUGUUGAAGCACCAUUAGAAGAUGAAAUGAUGGAAAUGUAUAAAAAGGCUGCAGAGUUUUGGGCAGAGUUACGCGUGGAAUUGCUGUCAGCAAGUGCGGUUCUUUCAAAUGAGAAACCUAAUAGUCAGUUGUGGCGAUUAUAUUGGGCAAGCCAUCAGCGUUUCUUUAGACAUAUGUGUAUGUCAGCUAAGGUGCCUGCUACUGUAAGACUAGCUAAGCAAGCAUUGAAUGAAGAUAAGUGUGUGGUGAUUGGCCUUCAGAGUACUGGAGAGGCACGGACUGAGGAAGCUGUGACAAAAUAUGGUCUUGAACUAGAUGAUUUUAUUUCGGGACCUCGAGAACUAUUGCUAAAAUUUGUGGAGGAAAAUUAUCCUUUGCCAGAAAAGCCUGAACCUGUCCAAGGAGAGGAAAGUGUAAAGGAGCUUCAACGGAAAAGACACUCAGCGACUCCCGGUGUCUCAAUAAAAGGGAGGGUUAGGAAAGUUGCAAAAUGGGAACCUGCAAGUGAUGGUGAAAGUGAUGAAGAAUCUGAUACUGAUUCUGCUCAUGAAUCUACUGAAUCUGAUGAUGAGUUUCAGAUUUGCGAUAUUUGCAAUCUUGAAGAGGAUAGGAAGAAAUUGCUUCAAUGUUCCUGUUGUUCCCAACUGUUCCAUCCUGCUUGUUUAGUCCCACCUGUCACGGAAAUAGUAAUCGGAGAUUGGUCAUGUCAUUCAUGCAAGGAAAAAACAGAAGAAUAUCUUCAAGCAAGACAUGCCUAUCUAACCGAACUUUUAAAGAGGUAUGAAGCGGCUAUGGAGCGUAAGACCAAAAUUUUGCAGAUUAUUCGUUCUUUGGGUCUUCCAAACAAUCCUUUAGAUGACAUUAUUGAUCAGCUUGGAGGGCCUGAAAAAGUGUCAGAAAUUACAGGGAGGCGAGGCAUGCUUGUAAGGGCUGCUAGUGGAAAAGGUGUAACUUACCAAGCACGGAACACAAAAGAUGUCACAAUGGAGAUGGUCAACAUGCAUGAGAAGCAGCUCUUCAUGGAUGGUAAGAAAUUGGUUGCCAUCAUUUCUGAAGCGGGGUCGGCUGGUGUUUCUUUGCAGGCAGAUAGAAGAGCCACAAAUCAGAAAAGAAGGGUGCAUUUGACACUAGAACUUCCAUGGAGUGCUGACCGAGCAAUUCAACAGUUUGGAAGAACUCAUCGGUCAAAUCAAGCCUCAGCGCCUGAGUACAGGCUACUCUUCACUAAUCUAGGCGGAGAGCGCAGAUUUGCAUCAAUUGUUGCCAAGAGAUUAGCAUCCCUUGGUGCUUUAACACAGGGAGACCGCAGGGCAGGGCCAUCUUUGAGUGCUUAUAAUUAUGAUAGUGCUUAUGGAAAGAGGGCCCUUGUGGUGAUGUAUAAAGGAAUAAUGGAGCAGGAUUCUCUGCCAGUUGUACCUCCUGGAUGUUCAUCGGAAAAACUAGAGACAAUCCAAGAUUUCAUUGUGAAGGCAAAAGCUGCUCUUGUGUCUGUUGGAAUAGUUAGGGACACAGUUCUUGCUAAUGGAAAAGAUUCUGGAAAGUUGUCUGGCCGUAUUGUUGACUCAGACAUGCAUGACGUUGGACGUUUCCUUAACCGGAUUUUAGGCUUGCCCCCUGAUAUUCAAAACAGGCUGUUUGAGUUAUUCAUCAGCAUCUUGGAUCUCCUUAUUCAGAAUGCACGCAUUGAAGGGAAUCUUGACUCAGGGAUUGUUGAUAUCAAAGCUAAUGUCAUUGAAUUGCAAGGAACUCCCAAGACUGUUCACGAGGAUCAAAUGUCUGGGGCAUCAACAGUGCUGUUUACUUUCACUCUUGAUCGUGGAGUCACGUGGGAGUCUGCAAGUACCAUGCUUGACGAGAAGCAAAAAGAUGGGCUUAGUUCAGCAAAUGAUGGGUUCUAUGAAUCUAGAAGGGAGUGGUUGGGGAGACGUCACUUCAUUUUGGCAUUUGAAAGUUCUGCUUCUGGAAUGUAUAAGAUAGUCCGUCCUGCUGUUGGGGAGUCAAUAAGGGAAAUGACCCUGUCAGAGCUUAAAAACAAGUACAGAAAAUUAUCAUCUUUAGAGAAAGCUCGUAGUGGUUGGGAAGAUGAAUAUGAAGUAUCAUCUAAACAGUGCAUGCAUGGCCCCAAUUGUAAGCUUGGUGACUACUGUCAAACUGGCAGAAGAAUACAGGAAGUAAAUGUAUUGGGUGGGAUCAUCCUUCCUGUUUGGGGCACUAUUGAGAAGGCCCUUUCUAAGCAGGCUCGCCAAAGCCACAAGCGGCUGCGUGUGGUGCGUAUAGAAACUACUGCAGACAAUCGCCGUAUAGUUGGGCUUCUUGUCCCCAAUGCAGCGGUUGAAUCAGUGCUUCAAGAAUUAGGAUGGGUACAAGAUAUUGACGAUUGAUAUGAACAGCUUUUUGCUCAAAGUGAUAGCUGUUUGUAUCCGUUAUCAUUCCUGCCAAGAUGCAACAUUUUUGAAGCAGGGAACGUAAAAUGUUUAAAGGAGCCCAUGCAAGGUUGUCACUGAAGAAGAGGAAAGAGGGGAAAGAAAAAGAAAAAGGCAUACUCUGCACCAUCCAAAGGCACUGUGCAGUCCCAUUCAUUGUGAUUUUUUUGAUUCUGGAAUCUGGCUCCAAUUUUUUUGUGAUAUAAUUUUGUAUAUUGUCAACAUUAUCACGAAAGGUGAAAGACGAUAGGUUACUAGGCUGUAUUGAUCAUAGUUCUGCUUGAACUAAUUUUGUAUCAAUAACCUUUCUGUUUUAAUUUAAAUAUUAGAUGAAAUAGAAAAUCCUUUUUGAAU